CCUUCACCAGCAGGUCAACUCUCUUAAAGCGCUCUUGGACUUUGCCUUCUUUUACUUCUAUGCUUUUUAUUCCUGCACAAACUAUGUUCCUCACAACUUUCUCUCUUCUCCUCUUCUUCAACGUGGACUCCACAGCCGGCGAGGUGACAACAGCCACGGUCUACUGGGAUGUCCAGCACAAGACAGUCCUGCUGAAGGAGGGUCACCUGGGACCAGACGGCGAUGCGUUCGGCUUCCUCAACGACACCCUGGCCAGCACGGGCUGGAGUGUGCUGGAGGUCCGAGCUGGAUACGGAGACACGCCCCCCACUGACCAGCUCACCUUCUUCCUGGCGGGCUACCUGGAAGGCUUUCUGACUGCACAACAGAUGACAGAUCACUACACCAACAUGUACCCUCAACUCAUCACUGACCCCACCAUCCUGGGCCCGCUGCAGAACUUCAUCAAGCAGCAGGACUCUUGGACCAGAGAGCAGGUGAAAAGCAGGAAGAGUUCUGACCCCGUGUGGACACACACUGGCUUCAUUGUGGCGCAGAUGGACGGCCUGCAGGCGGGCGCUGCAGAGUGGGCCAAGAGACGAGGCAAAAAGCCGCUGUCCCUGUUUGCCAUUCAGUUCCUGAACGCUGUGGGAGACCUGCUAGACCUGAUCCCCAACUUGGUCCCGAGCUCCGCUGCGCCACUCAAACACUUGAAACUUCCAGGGAUGGGACACUGCUCUGCACUCAUAAAGCUGCUGCCGGGCUUCGAGAACCUCCUCUUCGCCCACUCCAGCUGGUACACGUACGCCGCCACCAUGCGUAUCUACAAACACUGGGACUUCCACAUCAGCGAGCCGCACACGGCCACUGGCAAGCUGUCCUUCAGCAGCUACCCAGGCUUCCUGGUGUCCCUGGAUGACUUCUACCUCCUGGGCAGCGGUCUGAUGAUGACGCAGACCACCAACAACGUCUUCAACUCCUCCCUUUUCCGCGCCCUCACCCCCAAAAGCCUGCUGGCCUGGCAGAGGGUCCGACUGGCCCACAGUUUGGCGCAUACAGGAGAGGAGUGGGCCAGCAUCUUCUCCAAGUACAACUCUGGAACCUACAAUAAUCAGUACAUGGUGUUGGACAGGAGCAAAGUGAAGCUGGGCCACAGUAUCAGUGACGGUGCCCUGACUGUGGUGGAGCAGAUCCCUGGGCUGGUGGAGUACUCGGACCAGACCCAAGCGCUGCGUUUGGGCUACUGGCCGUCCUACAACGUCCCCUUCCACCAGAACAUCUACAGGCUGAGUGGCUACCAGCUGAUGUGGCAGCGCUACGGCCAGGACUUCUCCUACGACCUGUGCCCCAGGGCCAAGAUCUUCCGUCGUGACCAGGCCCACGUCAAGGACCUGGACUCCUUAAAGCACAUCAUGAGGUUCAAUGACUACAAGAAGGAUCCGUACUCUCAAGGGAACCCCUGCAAGUCCAUCUGUUGCCGUAACGACCUGAAGGCAGAAGAGCCCUCGCCAGGCGGUUGCUAUGACACCAAGGUGACGGACUUCCAAAUGGCGGGCAGGUUCCAGGCGCAGGCGCUGAACGGGCCGACCACACAGGACGGACUGCCGCCCUUCAGGUGGGAGAAGUUCAGCCAGGUGAGCCACCAGGGUCUACCUGCCUUCUACAACUUCACCUUCGUCAGCAUGCAGCCUGUCCUCUUCCGCCCGUGAUUGUGUCCUAGCACACGGCGGUCCAAAGAGCAGCAAAUGUUUGCAAAUAAUAUUGUCCACAAAGUGUAAUAAAAGAGCAAAGAGGUGUAAUUUAAGAAGAUGAUGUUGCAAUAGUGGAGGCAGGCUUUUACUUUGAAACUGUCACUGCUCACAAAAUAAUUACAACUUAUAAUAAAAAUAUAAUUUGAUUAUAAUUAAAAGUAAAAAUUAAUUUAACUACCUCCAUCAACGUGUGAAUGUGGAAGGAAUAAGUUGUGGGUUCAACUUAUCAGAAAAAUAAAUAAUAUACAUAUGACUUAUUUUUAAGACUUUUAUAAGUGGGGGCCUUUUGGAUCCUUUUUUUUUACUGUCAUUGCUUUAAAAGAAAUAUGAAUAAACCAAAAGCAUUUUUGUUAUGAAUUAUUGACUCUUCUAAGGUUACAAUUACUUCACAUUAAAAAUGACACGUUGAACAUUUUUUGGUGGAAAAAUAUUGCAUUAUUUAGUUAUUUUCUAUUAAAAAAAGGGUUUUGAUAAAAAAAACAUGAAACAUAAACCAAAAAAAAUCUAAACUUCUAUGUCAACAGAUAGAGCUGAAGUUUAUCUACAGAUAUUUAAGUAAAAUAAUGAUGUAAUAUACGACACAUUUUUAACACUAUAUUGACUGCAGUCCCCGAGACCUUUAACAGUCACCAAAAUUAAAGGAAGCCCUAAUAGUUACAAUAUAUAAGUUCCGGACUAUAAGCGGCUACUUUUUUCUUAUGCUUUGAACACUGCAGCUUAUAAAAGCAAAUAGUUUUCAUUAAACACACGCAGAGACACUGACAAGUUGUGUUAUUGUUGGUGCUACAGCGCCAUCUUUUGGACCAGUUCGCUCACUGCAGGUGUAGAGCUUUGAACCGGAAGUAGAAGUGCAGUUCAGUCCUCUAGCCGUCCAUAGCGUUUCUACUCGUAUAGAGUCAUCAUUCAUCAGUCCAAGCAACGUUUGUAAGUUUUACAAUAUAACUAAAACUAUUCUUACUUACGAAAGCGUCCCAUGUGUGAUGUCUGUAGGAGUGUUUUCAUGCAUAUUUGUACAUGCUAUCGUAAUCAAGCUAGCCUCGUUAGCAUUAGCUAAUAUGCUAACACAUGUACAAAUGUCUGUGUUAGUAUUAUUAACUUACAAUGGCAUUAUUUUUGUUUAGUUUCACUUUCACAAAUUCCUCAGUAAAUUCACCAAAAUGUCAGCGUGGAGUUAUUGAGUCUGUUUAGCUGAUUGGAGAGCUAGCUUGCGCAGCUAGUGGAUCCAUGACCAUGACUUCUGUUUUGUUUGAUCAGCCGUUUUACUGCCGUGUUACAGACACCGUUUGGAAACAAGUAAGGUAUGUAAAUAAAUAUUUCAGUGUAAAUAACUCAUUUCACAAGGAAUAUAUCUGCGGCUUAUAGCCCGGUGCGGCUAAUGUAUGGGAAAUAAAACUUAGUGGGUGUGGCUUAUGUACCGGUGCGCUCUAUAGUCUGGAAAAAAACGAUAUAUUGUAUUGGUUUUAAAAAUGAAAAAAUAUGAAAAUGGUUCCCUCAUGCAUGUGUGGCCCUCAGUGGAAAAACUAUAAAUAAUCAUUUAAAAAAUUCAAAUUUAAUUCAGGAUGUGCUGACCAAUAAGUAUCCACCAAUUUUCUUGAAAAAGUUUGUGACCACCCUUGCCAAUUUAUGCCUUUUAAUGCCAAUCACCAACGCUGACACUGUAUUUUUUUUUUUAGUCCGGCCGCACACACAGUAUGUGUGUCCAUACACAGUGUGGAGCCGCACACACAGUAUGUGUGUCCAUACACAGUGUGGAGCCGCACACACAGUAUGUGUGUCCAUACACAGUGUGGAGCCGCACACACAGUAUGUGUGUCCAUACACAGUGUGGAGCCGCACACAGAGUAUGUGUGUCCAUACACGGUGUGGAGCCGCACACACAGUAUGUGUGUCCAUACACAGUGUGGAGCCGCACACACAGUAUGUGUGUCCAUACACGGUGUGGAGCCGCACACACAGUAUGUGUGUCCAUACACGGUGUGGAGCCGCACACACAGUAUGUGUGUCCAUACACGGUGUGGAGCCGCACACACAGUAUGUGUGUCCAUACACAGUGUGGAGCCGCACACACAGUAUGUGUGUCCAUACACAGUGUGGAGCCGCUCACCUAAUGCAAUUAAACCAAAAUAGGGAAAAUAAAGUGCAUUACUUUGUACCUUAAGUUAGAGAAAUUAGAUCGAUAUUUUUAUUUUCUCUAAAUCUUUUUUUGGUGUUGUUUUUGUUGACGUUUACAAACCCAGAGAACAAAUUCCCCGGACACAGAAGGACUUUAAAAGAGAGUCGUUUUUGUAGAGUUAAUGUGUACUAUUGACUUUGUUUUGAUCAAACAAUUGUGCCUAAUAAAAGACACUAAGGAACCAGUUUAAAUAUUGUGUUGAUAUUGAAAGUAUUGUGUUGUUAUAAUAGGUGUUGGUAUCAGCCGAUCACAGUCAGUAUCAGCUGUAUUCCUAAUUUCAAUACAAAUAUUACUUGAAUUUUUUAGUCACAAAAGUAGUGGGGAAAAAACCGAAUAGAUUGUAUUGAGUUGCACCAGAAAGAGUGAACAUUUUCAAUUUAUCCCCCCUUGUUUUAGUACAUAAUAUUUGAAAAUAGCCACAUAAAUAAUAAUUUUUGACAUUGAUUUUAAGUUAUUUAGAUUUCAGUUGUUGUGCUUUGAUCCACUGGAUUGUUUUAUUAAUCGUACGCGUCUCACAAAUAUUAGAAUGUUUGUAUUUGAUGCAACAAUGUCUCAGGGUACGUGAGUACAACAUAUUUGUGCUUAAUGAUUGUUUUUAGUGCAAGAAGAAAAUGCACUAGAAAUCCUUCUCAAUGUCGUCUUCAUCACAAACGACGCCAUCUUUCUUUCACCUUCCUAUUUCACUGCUGAUGUCAUGCCAUCAAUAAACUUGUAACUAUUCUA